AUGGAGAAAAGCUCAGCAGAAGAGGACUGCGUGGAUUCAGGAGCCGAAACCGGAGGGUCUGAUUACAGUCCCCUGUCCUCAACGAGCAUAUGUGGAGGUGAGUUAUCCAUGGGCGAGCUCCAGGAUCCCUUCCUCGUCAGUGUCCAUCUCAUCGCCGACCCCGGCCAGGGCAAGUUCCUGCAGCGAGCUGCCGAUGCUGUGCUGGCGUGGGUUCACCCCGAGCUGCAGCUCUUCAGGGUCUCCGAGCGGGCCUCUGUCUCCCAGCGGCCCUGGCCCAAGCACCAUCAAAAUGGCGACCAGGCAACAGUCUGCCAGCCCACCAUAGCAGUCAUCGUCUUCCUCCAGGAGGCCUUUGGCGGCGAGGAGCAGAUACUGAUGCUGCACCGCGCUCUGCAGAGGCCGCCAUGGAGAUACCAUCACACUGAAAAAGUCAGCAAUGGCCAGCGGAUGCUUCCACUGUCGCCCUGCAGCCAGGACUUCUUCACUCUCUCUCCUGGAACACCGCUGUGGGCCGUGCGCCAGGUGCAUUACGGGAAAGAAAUAGUGCGAUUUACUGUUUACUGCCGAUAUGAGAAUUACGGGGACAUGGUGCGGCUGUACAAGCUGCUGCUUCAGCGGAGGGUAGCGCAGAAGAAGGAGGACUUUUGCUUCUUCGUCGUUUACUCCAACCCAGAUAUGGAGAUCCAGCUGUCGUUCAAGAGGCUCCCUCGAGGUCAGCCUCUGGUGGUGCUGGAGUCAGCGGUGAUGGAGGUGAGGGUACGGGAUGUUGGCGUGCUGGUGCCCCUGCUGCCGAACCCCUGCAGCCCAAUCAGCGAGGUCCGCUGGCAGACGGAGGACUACGAUGGAAACAAGAUCCUCCUGCAGGUGCAAAGUCCUCACUUCAAACACAGACAAGAUCACUGCCACAUAUCGUCCACGGUCGCUGAAUCGGCCUCGGCUCCUUCCACCUUCAACCGCACCGGCGCCUCCCAAAGGAACCGUCGGUAUCAUCGAGGUUCAUCCCACCCUAGAGUCCACCACCAUCAGACCUCCCAGGGCUCCCUUGCGCAGGCCUGCGAGGAGCCAGAGGAGCCGGAGCAGUGGCCCGUCUGUCACCACCAGGACAGCUGGAGGAGCCAGUGGAGGGGCCACCGCUCAGGCUCCCUCUUCUCUCUGCCUAACCUCGGCUCCGGCAGCUCUCGCUCCACCUCAUCCUCUCCCGGGCCCUCCUCCAGCCCCCACAACAGGAGCCACUCCCUGAACCGGAGGUCCUCCCUCAUCCCGCCCUUCCGGCUCAACGUGGACGCUCUGAUUGGUGCAGAGGAGACGGACGUGGACACGGGGGACCAAGUCAACGCAGGUGACAGUGUGGACUUCACAGUGGUGUCUGCGUACAUCAAAUCCAACCUGCCACAGACUUGUAGGCCGUCGUCUGCUCCACCCGAAGACAUCGGACCCUCCCUUUCUCCUGGCGUCCCUGAGAACACCACGUACAAGUCAGCCACACUGGGCCGGACUCCUUACAGCCUCCCCACCUACAGCACUCCCUCCACCCUGCUGUGGUCGUAUCCCCAUAGCACCAGUGUGACCACAAGCGCCGGCCCGUCCCUGAGCGACGUGUCCAUGAACCAGUCUGACAGUUGCAGCGUUAUCAGUGCACCGCUGGAAGAAGCAGACGAAGAAGAAGACCAAGAAUUCUACAUCUGAUCAACCUCUGUAUUGUGAGAAUCUGUAAUCUGUAAUGAGUUGCUCAGUAGUGACAGACGUCAGGGCCGAGACACUAAAAACAGCUCUAUUCUGCCCUCUGGUGUUUGACAGUAAAACUACAGGCCAGUGAAAACCAGCUCAACUGUAUUUAAUGUUCUCGUGUAUUUUUGAGUGUUGCUUUUUUUUCACAUGUAGAUUUAGGCUUUGUAAAUAUCAGGACAUAUAAGUGAGUGAAGUUAAAGGACCAAUCAUGUAACUGUACAGAUACACUAUCCAAUAAAACCAUUUGUCUCUAUUUACCCAUUU